CCCAAAUGCCAGUGGAAGAAGUGAUACAACAAGUGACGUCCAACCUGGUGGAGGGACCCUGGACGCAGACUCCCAUACGUAAGAACUCGUUCGUAUCUGUGGCUGUACCGUUGACACACAGAGUGUCAGAAAAAAUUAAAAAGCAGAUUUGGGGGAAUGAGUAUGUAGAUUUUGCUGUUAUCUUUAACAAUAGCUCUAACAGUGAAGACCACUACACUUUCAAGGUACAAAAUGGACAGGGAGGGGGACAACCUACCCUUUCCUUGGUGCCGAGUGUUAAAAAGCAGCCAGUCCACACCAUUGGACAAUGGACUACUGCCUUCCAGGCAUUUGUAGCGGUGUAUUGUUACCGUUUCCCUUCCGAAACGGCCCAAUUGAUGAAAUAUGGUGCCACAGUCAGAGACCUGGCUCAGCGGGGUGCGCAUUGGAAAUUUUAUGACGAAAAUUUUCGCAUGUUACACCAAGGUGAACUUAUUCCAUGGGACCAAAUCCAUAGUGAGCUGUGGCUAAGGGCCAGUGUCCCCAAAGUCAAACAGCCUCUCCCGGUCAAGUCAACAACGAAACAAAGUGGAUCGUUUUUUCAAAGGGGGUUUUGCUGGACUUUCCUCAGGGGGGCAACUGCACAGGGCGUGAAUUCAAACACCAGUGCCCUAAAUGCGGCCUUAAUCACCCCCUUUCCUGCUGCCAGCAAAACCAGAAACGGGCGGGACAGCGGCCAAUUUCAAAACCAGGGUUGCCAGGCAACAGCUCCACCCACUCCGCUACCCACACCAGUCAAGGUUAACAGACUAGCCUUUUAUCUUCCCGGUUAUGGCGACCAAUUGCGAAAACAUUUGAUUGAUGGUUUUACUUGUGGAUUUAGAUUACAUUUUCAGGGCCCCAUUAAGGCUUCAGGUGCUCAAAAUUUGAUUUCUGCAAUACAACACCCAGAAGUGGUGGACAGCAAGUUAACUAAGGAAAGGCAAAGUGGCCGUAUACAAGGGCCCUUUAGUUAUCCACCUUUCAGUAAUUUACGAGUAUCACCUCUGGGGGUAAUACCAAAAAAAGGCCCCCGGAGAAUUUAGAAU